AUGGUUAUGGUCGAUGAGGAGAUCGACGUCGACAUCGACAUUGAUGAUAGCACGCAGCUGUCUUUGGCUACCAGCUCUAGCUCUGUUGGCAUCGCCGAAGCUCCCAAAAUUGUAAAGAAGAGGAAGAGAGUAGUUGAUACAAAAGCAAAGCAGAAGAAGAGACUCAAAUCCGUCGUAGAUACUGCUCAAAUAUCGCUAGGAGCUGUCGCCGUCCCUGCUCCAUUACUGGCUUUUGAAGAAUGGACUUGGAGCGGCCUAUCAGAUGGCAUAGACGAGUCCUCAAAGUCACUGAUAGAGUCAUUGUUGGCUCAAGAUCAGAUGGAUAUAGCAUCGUUGGACGAUUCGCAGACUGUUCUACAAACACAGUCAAGGAUAGAAGACUCGCCUACUCCCGAGCCAAAGAGCAGGAAGAGGUCUAACAAAUCAGCUGGUGCCGGUGGUUCCAGCUCUACCAACUCGAAUACACAUAGUUCUAGGUGGACUGAGGAAGAAGACAACCUGUUAAAGUCUGCUAUCGAAAAGCAUGGGUUUGGAAGUUGGACGUUGAUUGCUGAUGUCGUCAAGACUCGUAGCCCGCUUCAAAUCAAGAAUCAUGCCCGGCAUUUAGCUUCUAUUGGUGCCAUUGAAGGGGCUAGCAAUACUAGCAAAGGUGCUCCUGCUGCCACCAGCAAGAUAAAGAAGAGUGAAACUAUUGUAAAUAAUAGUAGUACGCCAACUCCAGCUCCAGAUAAUGUAAAAGUAGAAGCUAGCGGAGAUGUCAAACCUCUACCCGUCAUGACCGAUAAUACCAUAGCCACCUUACCGCCGAAAGACCCGAGAAUACCUGACGAUGAAGACGACGAGAUUGAUAUAGACCUAGAAGAAUUUACAGAGCAGCCCCCGCCGAUACCGCCAUCGUUAUCACAAACACUAUCUUCAGUAUCAGAACAAUCGCCUGACGUCUCACAUCUGACACGUCAACAAAGUGAAGUAGCCAGUUCUCGUAGAUCUGUGACACCAUCCACAGCUUCUGAACCUGAUACUCCCGCAUCCUCGUCAACAUCGCACCACCACCACCAUCACAUCCCAAAUAGUCAACCACAACCAUUCCAACUAACACCCGACACACAAACCAUCAACGCAUUCGAAUCAACAUCGCUACCAGAAUGGUUUCCUCCCUUCUCUCGUGGUCAAAAGACACCAGAUAGAUACAUACGAGUACGGAGCAAGAUCUUGUCGCUCUGGCAAGAAAGGUCGGAUCGAUACUUGACGAAGACGUUUGCACGAAGAGAACUUCGUAAUGAAGGAGAUGUCAAUGCUAUAUCUCGUGUGCAUGAAUUCUUGGAAGUUAAUGGCUGGAUUAAUAUUGGUCUUGGUGGUGGUAUGAAGCGAGACAAAAGGAGUGGUGAAGAUGAGGAUGUCGUUGAAGGUGAGGAAUCAACGUAUAAAUCAGGAAGGAGGAGGCGUGUUCGAAAUGAAAAGGGAGAGUGGGUUGAUCCUGAAGACCUAGAAGGACGAACCAUCCAAGAAGAUGGCGGUGACGACCUUGAUGACGAUGAUUCUUCGCCUAAUGCAGAAGAACGUCGUUUGUUGGCGCGAAAUGCUAGAUACUUUGCCGAUACUGAGAUUGAGAAAUUCGAUGCUAAACUCGCCACCCGAUUACGAACAAAACACAACCACAACCACGAACUUGACCAAUUCACAUUAAUCGCAUUCAAGAAUCCAUCUGCACUACCACGCACAUCUCCACAACAUAUAUUUAUAUCAGCACCAGUACUCAUGAUCAUGGAUAUACAUGCACAUUUAGCUCGUACCGAAAUCAUUGGUCUCCUCGGCGGCACUUUUGACUCAACCACAAAGACUCUGAAUAUUUCUAAUGUCAUUCCAUGCAAGAGUGAUAGUACCGACAUUCAAUGUGAGAUGGAUCCUAUCUCAGAGCUGCAUGCUAGAACGACUUUGGCUGCAAAGAAUCUUGUAGUUGUUGGAUGGUAUCAUUCACAUCCUACUUUUGAGCCAAAGCCUUCUGUUCGUGAUUUAGAGAAUCAAGGAGCAUACCAGACUUUAUUUAGGCAUGCUGAUGGUAGUGAACCAUUCAUUGGCGCUAUUGUUACUCCAUUCCUCCUGUCGAAUCCAAGUAAUGUGUCCAUUAUACGUUGGAUGGCUGUUGAUGAAAGACCUCAGAAUUCUACGUUUCGAUUGCCAUUCCUAUUGAAUCCUACGACUACCACAACCACUAAAAUCACGGAGGACGAUGUGCUUAAAGUGAAAGGUCUCUUCAAGGAUUAUCGAGAUCGUAGCGACCACGUGGAUUUGAAUGCUCCAUAUCGCCAAACAGACAUGGACGCUCUCACUACUGUUGGUACUUCGAAACUCGACAAACUCAUGGAGUCUUGUGCUAGUCAUUUUGGCGAAGAUGCUGAUGAGGAGGCUUUACGACGUGUUAGGGCAUGUUUGGAAACUUGA